AAAAAGACGAACCGUGUGCUUGUCACAGCACAGCCACAACAAACCUUUUACUUUUGAUUUCUACAUUGACGACCACGAUUACGACACACACACACACACCAAAGCAUCUGCGGUCAUGUUCAAGGCAAUUUUACCUUCGUCGAAAAGAAUAUCUUCUUCAGAGUUCACUAUGGUCACGAGCCCUGGAGAUCCACUCAGCGGAAAGGAGAAUCUACCUGACAAUCAUGUUAUCACUCCUGCACAAACGAAAUCAGGCAAGGGAACUCACAAGGGUAAUUCGAAGCAAGAAAAGAUGAAGACAGUAAAGGUUUCGCAGGACCUUGUGGUCGAGCCGGUGGUAAUGAACCAAGCCUUCGACAAAUUACUGGACGAGCUACAAAUUCCCUCUACCGUUCGGGUAAAGCUAGCUGGCAUGGAUGCGACCGUUAAAGCGGCUAUGCUCAAAUCAUCACACGUUAUAACAUCAAACCCCACGUCUGGGCCACCGAGCACCCCAAUGACACUGAGAAAAGCCCGCAGUAGCGAAUCUGUGGGCUCACCUCUUCCGCCUUCUAUGAGUUAUGACCAGAUGCCUACGAAAGGCAGUUGGAUAUCUGGUCUCUCUGGAAAGAGUACGACGGAUCUGCACGCUCUCGAUGACAGGCAAGGACAUGACCGUGGGUUAUCGGUUGAUGGUACACGGACAUUCUCUCAGGGUCAGAACUCCCCGGUUAUCUCAGGCGACCUCAUUACGAGCAAAUCCAAAGAGAAGGGCUUCGUGAAGAACAUAACUCCCGUCAAAUUAUGUAGUAUCUUGGCAUCAACUUCCAGCACUCAGCUAGAAGUAGAAGUCGUCAAGAAACUCCGAUUAUUCCUACGGAAUGAGUCCGCAAUUUGGUCGGAAGACUUCCUGAAAUUGGGUGGUUACAAUGCUAUGCUUACGCGAUUGAACGAAAUACUCGAAGUUGAGUGGCGAGAAGAGCAACAUGACGACCAGAUAUUAUACGAAUUACUUCGAUGCUUUAAGGCCCUAUCGACCUCUGCAAUUGGUUGCUUUGCCUUGCGUAGCUCGUGCCCGACCCCGUUCGUGCAACUAGUCUCCUUGCUCUACUCCGACAAGAAGCCCGGAGAUGUGGCAACGAGACAGCUUAUUGUCGAAUUGUUGCUCAUCUUGUUCGAGUUGUACCCUUCUUCGUCGCUCCCAUCCACUGGUAACCGUUCACGUCGCGAAGCUUGGGAACCCGAAGGCCGCUCAUCCUCGAAUCUCAUCACCUUCCCAGCACCACACAAGAAUUUCUACUCGCUGAUUCGUGCUCUCCUUCUGACACCCGCGCCUCCUGCAACUGAAUCACCUGCUUCGCCUGUGUCACCUCAUGCUUUUAUUGAAUCACUACAUCGCCCAAGAAUUUAUAAAACCUACCUUCAGGAGCUUUCGGACGUUUGCAGAGAUUACUUCUGGGUAUUCUGUCACCCGAAUAACACAGUCUGGAACUUGGAAGAGGUAGAUGAGGGCAAGGUGGAGAAGCCCAAAGCACCUGGAGGCAUGACGGGAGGUGUCGAAUUUGAAGCUAUGGGGUACUUUACGAUGCACCUCAAACUUCUCAAUGCAAUUGCCAAGUCCGUUCAUGAGCUUAAUCUGCCCAAGGAACAUGACAUGUCUGCGCACCGCUUCCACUCUGACCUAUUUGCUUCUGGAUUUGAGCGUAUCAUUUUGAUAUCGCGCAAGACGUCUGUGACGUAUUAUCCGACAUUGCAUCUGGAACUUUCCCGGUAUAUUGCCUGGGCAGGGGCUGCAAAAUUCGAGCUGCCAUGGACUGUAUCACGGCUGAUCGGCGCUCCUCCAUUGGCAUUAGCUAAGCUGAUUGCCGGUCAACAACAAAGACCAACGCGACAAGGCCAAGUCUCACAGGGUACGCCGACCAGGAGACCUCCGGGUUUUGUCGGGCUGCCGUCUCCCAAGAAGGUUGAACCUAUCAAGUUUGAAUAAAUGCAAGUACUGUGCAGGGAAGUUGGAAGCUUCAUGACAGCGGUGUAUUUCAAUCUUUAUCUUAAGGCUUUCAUUUUGCUGUUGUACUUUUUAGCCAUGCUUUUUU